AUGAGUAUGCAAGAGAAAAGAAAAAAUUUAAUAAACAAUGACAUGGUACCAGUUACCAAAAAACAGGCAGUAUUAGUAUUAGAUGAAAAAAGUCUAGAUAAUAUUGUUCAACAGUUGAACAAUAUGGGCAUUAGUGUCCAUCAUGAUGGAAUGAAAAAAGAAGAGGAUGAAAUAGAAGAAGAGGAAGAAGAAGAAAAGGAAGAAGAGAAAGAAGAAGAAGAAGAGGAGGAGGAAGAAGAAGAGGAAGAAGAAGAAAAAGAGGAAGAAGAAAAGGAAAAAGAAAAAACAGCCACUUCUGCUGAAAAAGCAUUAGUGAGCUGUCGUAAAGUCAUCCAAAGGUUUAUUAAGAAGGACAAAAGACUUGAUAAAAAAAUCAAUAAUAGCAUUAAUGCUACUACAUUUGAAACAAAGCAGAUGUUAGAAGGCUUUGAAGAAACAAAAGAGGGGCCCUUAACGUUUGACGAACUUAAGGGUCAAUUCAAAACCAUAGUUGAGAAGUUCAACAUGUCUGAGCUAGCCUCAGAACGUAUAGCUUUGAACAAGAAUAUUCUUCGCGUUAUUUUUGUUGUUGAAUAUAAAAAAGCUAGUUCAAUAUCAACAUUUGAUAGAACUAAGUUUAGACAAAUGGCGUAUGAAGUUUAUAAUUAUCAGUUGAUAUAUAGAAUUAAAAAAAAUAAGCAGAAGGAUGAAAAAAGAGCCUUUAGAACAUUUGUUCAGAUGGGGAUGAGAAUGUGUACGUUGAUGUACUUUUACGGUAGUUUUGCACUAGUAGCAAACUCCGUAUUUAACACUACGAUGUUGGCGGUAGUUGAUAGAAUUGGCUUUGCAAAGCUAUGUAAAGAAAUGAAUAAUGAAGAAUUCAAAAAGAGAAUAGAAGAAUUUGGAAAAAAAUUGCUGAAGUAUUCAUAA